UGCUGACACCGGAGCUGCGGCUGCCGCCGCCCCGCUCCGCUCCGACACCGGAGCUGCUGCUGCUGCUGCUGCUGGCACCGGAGCUGCCGGGGCCCCGCUCCGCUCCCGCAGGAGCCGCUCGCCCCCGGCCCCGCCUGAGCGCAGUUUGGAAAUGACCCAUCAUGCCUGCAGCCUGCAGCUCCACAGAAGAUCUUUGAUCAGAGCUGGUUUCUAGAGGAGACACGGAUUCCAGGUCUCAUGUCACCACCUGAGCUCCACAGCCUCAUCCCUGGCAGCUCUCAGUAAAAGCAGACUAUGACCAUCUUCGAGAAACCCUCCUCAGCGUGACCAAGGAGUGAGAUUUGGCUGUGAGGGGGAAACACCAGCUCCAAGCCAAGCUGGAGAACUUAGAGCAGGUCCUGAAGCACAUGCGAGAGGCUGCGGAGCGGCGGCAACAGCUGGAGCUGGAGCAUGAGCAGGCGCUGGCUGUGCUCAACGCCAAACAGCAGGAGAUCGAGCUGCUGCAGAAGGCUCAGGUUGAAGCUAAGAAGGAGCAUGAAGGAGCAGUUCAGUUGCUAGAGGCCAAGGUGCGGGAGCUGGAGCAGAAAUGCCGCACGCAGAGCGAGCAGUUUAACCUGCUGGCCAGGGAGCUGGAGCGCUUCCGGCAGCAGGCGGGCACCAUCGAGCUGCUGGGCACCCCCCCGGGCCCCGGCAAGGCCCUGGCACAGCUGAUGAACGGCAUCGCCGCCCCCCUGGGCAAAGGUCAUGAGAGCCCCUCUGGAAGUCGCUGUGUGAUCUCGGAGUUCAUCCGACCCCUGCAGAUAACUGGGGACAAACCAGAGCAGCUGUCUGUCAAACCCACCUUCCUGCCCAAGUCCAGAUCUGCCACCCCACGAUGCAGAUUUGAUUCAGACAUGGAUAAUGAUCAGAAUUCCAAUACCUCAAAGCAGAGAUACUCUGGGAAGGUCCAUCUUUGCAUUGCCCGUUACAGCUACAACCCCUUCGAUGGACCGAACGAGAACCCGGAGGCAGAGCUCCCUCUCACGGCAGGAAAGUACCUGUACGUGUAUGGAGACAUGGACGAGGAUGGCUUCUAUGAAGGAGAGCUCCUGGAUGGGCAGCGAGGCCUGGUGCCCUCGAACUUUGUGGACUUUGUGCAGGACAGCGAGGCGCGGCUGGCGGGCGGCGAGCAGGAGCAGAACGCGCUGAACCGCGCGGGGCCGGCGCUGCAGGGAGAGCUGCAGCUCAGCCCCCCCGGCCACGCCGACGGCAGCGUGCUCAGCAACGGCACGGCCGCCCUGGACGUCAACAUCGACGACAUCGGAGAAGACAUCGUGCCUUACCCCAGGAGAAUCACCCUGAUCAAGCAGCUGGCCAAGAGCGUCAUCGUGGGCUGGGAGCCGCCCGUGGUGCCGCCGGGCUGGGGCACCGUCAGCAGCUACAACGUGCUGGUGGACAAGGAGGUGAGGAUGAACAUCGCCCUGGGCAGCAGGACCAAAGCUCUGAUAGAAAAGCUCAACACCUCCACCUGCACGUACCGGAUCUCCAUCCAGAGCAUCACCAGCAAGGGCAACUCCGACGAGCUGCAGUGCACCUUGCUGGUGGGCAAGGACGUCAUCGUCGCCCCCUCCAACCUGCGGGUGGACAACAUCACCCAGAUCUCUGCUGAGCUCUCCUGGCUGCCCACAAACAGCAACUACAGUCACGUCAUCUUCCUGAACGAGGAGGAGUUUGACAUUGUCAAGGCUGCUAGCUACAAGUACCAUUUUUUUAAUUUGAAGCCCAACAUGGCCUACAAGGUGAAGGUCAUGGCAAAGCCCCACCAGAUGCCCUGGCAGCUUCCCUUGGAACAACGAGAGAAGAAGGAAGCCUUUGUGGAAUUUUCUACAUUGCCAGCAGGUCCCCCAGCCCCACCUCAGGACGUGUCUGUGCGGGCGGGCUCCACGCCAGGGACCGUCCAGGUGUGCUGGAAGCCCCCGGCCCUGUCGGCGACGGGGACGUCCCACGGUGCCAGCGUCACGGGCUACGGUGUCUAUGCCAAAGGGCAGCGGGUGGCCGAGGUGGCUCUCCCCGCCGCGGAGGGCGCGGCGCUGGAGCUGCAGCGGCUGCGCGGCCUGGACGCCAGGGAGGUGACGGUGCGGACGCUCUCUGCACAGGGCGAGUCCCUGGACUCUCCUCUCGCUGCCAUUCCAUCCGACCUCCUGGUGCCUCCACCCCCCCACCCCAGAACUGCGCCCAAAUCUAAGCCAUUAGCAAGUGCCGGAGCCCCAGAAACCAAAGAAGAGCACCUAGGCCCACAUUUGAGGAGGGAUGAGGCCUGGGAGCAGACUCGCUCGGCGUCCCCCGUGCACGGACACAUGCUGGAGCCACCCGCCUUCCACGGGCCCCUCCAGGGCAGGAGGUCUCCGUCCCCUAACAGAAUCCUGCCCCAGCCUCAAGGCACUCCAGUCCCCAACACCGUCGCAAAAGCCAUGGCCAGAGAAGCUGCACAGCGAGUGGCAGAGAGCAGCAGGGUGGACAGGAGGAGUGUUUUCAGCGACAGGAGCAGCGUGGCCCCGUUCUCAGACGAGGAGGAGGAUGGUUAUGACUCGCCCAAGGUCAGGCGGAGGGGAGCCUCGGUCGAUGAUUUCCUGAAGGAGUCCGAGCUUGGAAAGCAAGCUCACUACUGCCUGGGGGAUGAGUACCACACGGAGAGCAGCCGGGGCUCGGACCUGUCCGACAUCCUGGAGGAGGAUGAGGAGGAGCUGUACUCGGAGAUGCAGCUGGAGGAGGGCCGGCGGCGCCUGAGCCUGACCUCGCACGGCGCGCUCAAGGAUAAGAAUAAGACCACUGAAGCCACUUUUUUGGAACAGCCUGGCUUUCCCCAGCAGACACACCACAGUAAAAGGCUUUUCAGUAUUCCAGAAGUGGCUGAAGAGGACGGUGAAUACUCUGAAGUGCUGUACAAGCAGGGUUUAGGUAUGCCCUAUAAAAAGAACCCCAGAAUAGCUAGAGGCCCCCGGGCUCGCAGGCCCUGCCAUCGGGAGCAGCAGCACAGCCCCAGGUACCCGGGCAGGGCCAGGGCGGGGCUGCAGGAGCUGGACGAGCGAGGAUGCAAGUGCAGGCAGCCCCUGUCCCGCAGCCCCGACAGCGGGCUGGACUGCGGCAGCGAGGAGGAGGAGCAGCCCCGUUUCAGAGCCCAGAGGGGCAGCGAUGAAGAGCAGCCCCAGCACGCUGCCGGAGCGCAGCCCCCCGAGCCCUGUCCCUGCCGGAGGGGCUCCCGGCCGCUGCUGGCCCGCAGGAGGACCCUGACCAGGCAGAGCAGCAUCGAGGAGGAUUUCGGGGAGCUGGCAGCCCCGGCCGGGGGGGCCCAGGGCAGCGGGGGCCGCAGAGCCCAGGAGGGGCAGGGGGGCUGGAGGAGCCACCCUCAGCCAGGCUCUAGGGCAGCUGCUGUCCUUGCAAAGCCACCCCUCAGAGAUGCAGAAGACUCUCUGCUUUUAGGUAACCCAGCCUCUGCAGGACGGCCUGACAGGGUGGAGCAUGCAGGGCGAAGGUCCUCCCAUGGCAGUGCAGUGCCACAAAGGUCUCGGCCCCUGCUGGUCCCUUCCAUUGAUGGCUACGGGGGUCAUGACCGUCUUUCUCCAGACAUUUAUGAGGAAUCUGAAACAGAUGCUGGCACAGAGGAUCUCUCUACAAGAAUCUUUGUUGCACUUUUUGACUACGACCCGCUGACCAUGUCCCCGAACCCUGAUGCUGCAGAGGAGGAGCUGCCGUUCAAGGAGGGACAGAUCAUUAAGGUUUAUGGGGACAAAGAUGCUGAUGGGUUUUAUCGUGGAGAAACCUGUGCAAGAGUUGGCCUUAUCCCGUGCAAUAUGGUCUCUGAGAUACAGGCAGAUGAUGAAGAGAUGAUGGAUCAGCUUCUUAAACAAGGUUUCCUUCCUCUGAACACUCCAAUUGAGAAAAUCGCAGAGCGCGGUGGCCGGCGCGGUGGCCGGCAGCAGCCGCUGGCCACCAGGAGGAUGGUGGCUCUCUAUGACUACGACCCCAGGGAGAGCUCCCCCAACGUGGAUGUGGAGGCCGAGCUGACCUUCUGCACUGGGGACAUCAUCACUGUCUUUGGUGAGAUCGAUGAAGAUGGAUUUUACUACGGUGAGCUCAACGGGCAGAAGGGGCUGGUUCCUUCCAACUUCCUCGAAGAAGUGCCUGAUGAUGUGGAAGUGUUUCUGUCCGAGGCGCCCUCGCGCUACGCCCAGGACGCGGCCCUGCGCCCCAAGGCCAAAAGGGUUCCUCCUGAGAAUACAGGUACAGCCCGGCGAGCACCUUCCCCCACAGUCCACCUCCAUGCCGGGUCACCUCCGUCACCCCUGCUGGGCUCGGGUGGCCCCGGGAGAGGCAGGGACCUGGCCUCGAAAAAGAAAAAGGGGCUGCUUUCCAAAGGCAAGAAACUGCUGAAAAAGCUUGGUGCAGUGAAAUGAGUCAUGUGCUCCUGGACAACUUGUAAAGCUUCCAGUCUGUGUACUUUUUUUUUUUUAAUUGAAACUAGGGCUUUCAUGACUAUGCAGUACUUUACCAGACCGUUGUGUUUUUAACUCUGACAUCAAUAGAAUCAUGCCAAUUGCUGAAUCAAAACAGCAAGAAAGAGAGGGAAAUGGAUUUGUUGUUGCAAAAACGUUUUUUAAAAAGCUAAAAAAAAAAAAAAAAGAAAAAAAAAAAAGAAAGAAAGUUAUGGGUUUAAGACCAGAAGAACCCGGUUUUAGUUGAAGUCAUCUCAACACCUGCAACUCCAUUGAAAAAUCUCAGCCUUUAUUCUCCUUUAACCAUGAGUGGGGGGAGAAAACUCUUCACUGUUUGCUAGUUCAGAGAUCACCCCACUGUAUCCAGUCAUUAACAGAAAUGGUCUUGAAACUCCUAGUUGAAUCAGCCUUGAUGUUUUGCCUUAUUAAUGCACAAUGAUUUGUACUGUCUAAUAAAUAUGCAGCGUACACUUUGUAUGUCCUGUGUGUUCAGCUGUCUCCAUCCUCCCUCCACACGAAUGAGCACUGCUCCUGCCCCAGCCCUGCUGCUGGACUCCUGGGCGUCUGCAAGUGCUGUGCUAAAUGCUUUUCAGUUUUUGCUGCCCCAGUGAAACCCAAACCUCGUCCUGGUUUGCCGUUGUCCCUCCUGGGCCCAGGCAGUGUCAGUUACUCAGAGCCUCUCCCCAUCUCAACCCUCCAAGCCCAGUUUGGGGUUCCUGUUCCCUGCUCUAAGCGACUGGGAACAGCCAGCUGCACACCAACCCCCUUACUCCCCGUUUGUUUUCUGUGGAGGGUCAGUCCUAGGUUAAAAGGCAUUUUCAUGCUGCUGCUGUCAGAGGGAGGCUCAGGUCCACGCACAGUGAAGGACAAAGUGUCACAGCCACAGUGAGGCUGCAGCAGGCUCUACCAACCCCAACUCAGCAUUGGCAUAUCACAAAAAACAACCCUACCCACUGAUGGCAGUCAUUGGCUGGUACUAUUUUGUAAUUCUUGUCCAUUUGUAAAUUGUUUUUACUGUUUAUACAUACUUUUCAGACUGCCUUUCUUUUUGUAAUUUAUGGAAGGUUUAUAAAUGAAUGAUCAAAGCUUCCCCAUUGUGUCUUCAGAUAACAAUGUAAAUGACUGUAAAAUACUGUGUGCUAGAUUAUAACAUUUAAUUAAAGACAAUAACUGGCCUACAUUUGUGGUAAAGUACUGUGUGGGUGUGUGCAUGUGUACAAGCGUUGUGUAUUAUAUUUUAUAUAAAUAAAUCAUUUGAUAUUUUGUA